CAAUCAUUACACCAACCGUCAAUUAUUAUUACGAACAUGGAACAAUUAGACUUACUCAGCUCACUCGAGACUGGUUAUCGAUCGAGACUCCGAAGAACUCAACUCAGAAACCAUCACCAAUCCUUGCGACUACCAACAGCAGAACAGCAACUACCAGCACCACCAAUUACGCCGAUCUCAGCCAGUCUGACCAGAAGAUUACUAGCAGUGGCUUCGUCAGCAGCUAAUAACCUAGCUGACACCAAUCUCACAGCAGGUAGCUCUGCCGAUGGUCGAAGUACUCACAACUGGCGACACACCUUCUUCGAAAGGAUGAAUCAGGACGUCCAAUCUGGCGUAGGAAGAUUGCAGGCAGUCAACCGAUUACGUCAACGAAUGGCCGAGCUGCGACCAACAGCAACAACCACAGCAAGCAAUACCAACAACCCAACCGCUGAUCAUCAGCCUGACUCAUAUUCGACCGAGAUCAGUCCUCAUCACCCCAAGAUCAGCAACCAGCGAACAUACCUGCUCUACUGCGGAAAUAAAUACCAACUGAAUGGCUGUGGGAAACUGAUCAGCGUCAGGGCGGCCUUGAUCUUGCCGAAAUCAUUCCGAAGCUGGAUGGAUGACCAACAGGAGGAGGAGCAGGAGCAGGGGCAGGAGGAAGAGGGGGAGGAGCACAGGAAUGGGAACCCCGCAGACUUCAACCUGGUCACCAGCGACACACUCCCAUUCCCUAACUCGGCUGAUAGAGUCGACCGAUUCACUCAACAGAGCUUCGAAAACGAUCCUGCUAACCCUUUCCAUAGAUCCCACUCUAUCCAUCCUGCCUGUGUCUGUCAAAAAGAUUAUCUGGGUUGUCUUUCCUGUGGGAACAUCGUUGGACAUUCGGUCAGUUUACCAUGUGACCAAUGUCGAGACCUAGCCGUCUUCCAUCCCCAAUUCUACUACCUGAGUCGACUGACGGCAGUCCCACGAUACACCGACGUACCGAUCGGAUUAGAGCUGGCGGAAGGGGAGCGAUUGACGAGAGGCCUAUCGGAAGGGAUCAUGAGCUGGACGGAGGCGGUCGGCGGAAGAAGAAGGAUCUCGAGGCCGGUCUGGCCCAGGCUCCGCUCCGCGAGACUUGGCUCCAUCCAUCGGGCCUUCUCAAGCUGCUGGGCUGAGUACCAGAAUCAGGGACGCCAUCCUGCUCGGAUCCUUGGUGGAUGAAGACCAUCCCAGCAACCUUCUUGCCAUCCCCCCAUCCUCAUCUACCCCCAGUCCACAUCAACCUCCCUCCCCAGCUCCCACCCACCCGCUUUCUUCCCGUCUGGACAGGCUAAGACGCACCCCUCUCGCGCGUCGGCCCGCCGUCAGACUCUCAACCAAUCUCACCAAUCCUCCAAGCGAACUUAAUAACACGCUCCCAACCAAUCUCAGGUCACGCGCUUCAUCCUCCUCCGAAUCAUGGGUUGUUCGAGAAACACCCAGAUCAGAAAGAUUCCCUGAAGAAUUCCUCAGACUUCCUCAUGAAGAUCUUAGCACAACCCCAUCUAUUGACAAUCUCAGGAACGAUAUCGAGGUCAAAGAAGAGGAAGAUGAAGAUGAAGAUGGUCAACCUUCAUCAAUCGAUAGUCGUCUUCGAACAACCAAUCAUGAUCACCAACUUGGAUCGAAUCCUAGGGCCGUCAGACGCCCGCAUUCUGAGCUCGAUAAUCAUCCAAAUCUUCCUUCUGAUCCAGCUUCAGUUCCUCCUGCUUUUGGUAGAGUCAUUCGUAGAAGGAUAAAUCCAAGCUCUG